AUGGAAACUCCUGCAAAAGUAAUGAAGGUACCCGCUGCUGUCCGGGCGACUCUGGAUGCGCGCCGGCUGCCCCUCGUCCAGUCGCUGUCCUCGUCCUGCGUGGAUCUCUCCUUGGCCGCCAGGGCGCCCGCAGACACGACACACCUCUCGGCUCCGUCAAGCUGGUCGACGGGAUGUCGUGCCCCCGCCCCGCUGUCCCUGUUUGGGAUCUUGCCGUUCUGGUCCUGGGCGGCGGAUUUCUCGGCUCCUGGUCGUCGAGGCAACGCCACGCUAACAUCGGAGCAGUUGUCCCAGCUGCGUGUCGCUGAUGGGACGGAGAAGGCGGGAGCAUGCUCGGCCAGCUCGUCCCCUUUCUGCUCGCGUCAGGGGGAGGAGGGGUCUGUGGGGGGCAUGGAUGAGGGGGGUCCCGCCCCACAGGGAGAGGGCGGAGAGCACUUAUUCAAAGUGACACAGAGAGGCGCAGAGCCACAGAGAGAGGGCGGAGAGCCACAGAGAGAGGCGCAGAGCCACAGAGAGAGGCGCAGAGCCACAGAGAGAGGGCGCAGAGCCACAGAGAGAGGGCGGAGAGCCACAGAGAGAGGCGCAGAGCCACAGAGAGAGACGCAGAGCCAUAGAGGGACGGCGCAGAGCCACAGAGAGAGACGCAGAGCCACAAAGAGAGAGGCGCAGAGCCACAGAGAGAGGCGCAGAGCCACAGAGAGAGGGCGCAGAGCCACAGAGAGAGGCGCAGAGCCACAGAGAGAGGGCGGAGAGCCACAGAGAGAGGCGCAGAGCCACAGAGAGAGGGCGCAGAGCCACAGAGAGACGGCGCAGAGCCACAGAGAGAGGCGCAGAGCCACAGAGAGAGGCGCAGAGCCACAGAGAGAGGGCGGAGAGCCACAGAGAGACGGCGCAGAGCCAAAGAGAGAGGCGCAGAGCCACAGAGAGAGGCGCAGAGCCACAGAGAGAGGCGGCAAGCUACAGAGAGAGGCGCAGAGCCACAGAGAGAGGACGCAGAACAACAGAGAGAGGCACAGAGCCACAGAGAGACGGCGCAGAGCCACAGAGAGAGGCGGCAAGCUACAGAGAGAGGCGCAGAGCCACAGAGAGAGGCGCAGACCCACAGAGAGAGGGCGGAGAGCCACAAAGAGAGGCGCAGAUCCACAGAGAGAGGCGGCGAGCUACAGAGAGAGGCGCAGAGCCACAGAGAGAGGCGCAGAGCCACAGAGAGAGGGCGGAGAGCCACAGAGAGAGGCGCAGAGCCACAGAGAGAGGGCGCAGAGCCACAGAGAGAGGGCGCAGAGCCACAGAGAGAGGGCGCAGAGCCACAGAGAGAGGCGCAGAGCCACAGAGAGAGGCGCAGAGCCACAGAGAGACGGCGCAGAGCCACAGAGAGAGGCCGCAGAGCCACAGAGAGAGGCGCAGAGCCACAGAGAGAGGCGCAGAGCUACAGAGAGAGGCGCAGAGCUACAGAGAGAGGCGCAGAGCCACAGAGAGAGGCGCAGAGCCACAGAGAGAGGCGCAGAGCCACAGAGAGAGGGCGGAGAGCCACAGAGAGAGGCGCAGAGCCACAGAGAGAGGGCGCAGAGCCACAGAGAGAGGGCGCAGAGCCACAGAGAUAGGGCGCAGAGCCACAGAGAGAGGCGCAGAGCCACAGAGAGAGGCGCAGAGCCACAGAGAGACGGCGCAGAGCCACAGAGAGAGGCCGUAGAGCCACAGAGAGAGGCGCAGAGCCAAAGAGAGAGGCGCAGAGCUACAGAGAGAGGCGCAGAGCCACAGAGAGAGGCGCAGAGCCACAGAGAGAGGCGCAGAGCCACAGAGAGAGGGCGGAGAGCCACAGAGAGAGGCGCAGAGCCACAGAGAGAGGCGCAGAGCCACAGAGAGAGGCGGCGAGCUACAGAGAGAGGCGCAGAGCCACAGAGAGAGGCGCAGAGCCACAGAGAGAGGACGGAGAGCCACAGAGAGAGACGCAGAGCCACAGAGAGAGGCGCAGAGCCACAGAGAGAGGCGCAGAGCCACAGAGAGACGGCGCAGAGCCACAGAGAGAGGCGCAGAGCCACAGAGAGAGGGCAGAGAGCCACAGAGAGAGGCGCAGAGCCACAGAGAGAGGCGCAGAGCCACAGAGAGAGGCGCAGAGCCACAGAGAGAGAAGCAGAGCCACAGAGAGAGGCGCAGAGCCACAGAGAGACGGCGCAGAGCCACAGAGAGAGGCGCAGAGCUACAGAGAGAGGUGCAGAGCCACAGAGAGAGGUGCAGAGCCACAGAGAGAGGCGCAGAGCCACAGAGAGAGGGCGCAGAGCCACAGAGAGACGGCGCAGAGCCACAGAGAGAGGCGCAGAGCCUCAACAGCCGAGUUAUCAAGCGACAAUCAGAGCGGCGCCGGGCCGUCCUCUCCCGCUGUGCAGUCCUGAAGCUGACACGGCUCCUGAUUGUUUGGCCAGCUGCUUCUCGUCCAGGUUCGUCUGUUUGUAA